GUGGGGAAGCCCCAGAACAGAGCCUGGGGGGCGGAAGAGCUGGAAGGGCCCCAGAGGCACCUCCGCUUUCACUUUCACUCUCCGAGGCGCAGCUAAAGCAGGCAGCGCCGGCGGUUCCUCCAUCCCGCUAGGCCCGGCAGCAGAUUAUCGUACGUGGAAAUCAACAUAAGCAAGGCAAGAAUGGCAGCCUUAUUCUCUACUCUGCCAUUUGCAGAUAAAUCCUCUCUCAUGUUGAUGAUGAUGAUGACGAUAGGUAUUUUAAAUGUUGCCGUUUCUGUGAAUAAUGACCACAAUAGCAAGAACAGGGAGACAGCUGAUGCAGUGUCUGGACAUGUCAUCCCAGUGCAUUAUGAUCUUCUCCUCCAUCCUAAUCUUACAACUCUAACUUUUACUGGAUUUGCCAAAAUAGAGAUUACAGUAAACCAACAAACUAGUUCAGUCAUCCUGCACAGCAAACACCUGCAAAUUACCAGGGCUACCAUCCAAAAGAGAAUGGGAAAUAGUCACACCGAAGAAGAAGUGAUGGUUUUGGAAUACCCACCAUUUGAGCAGAUUGCCCUCCUGGCAGCUUUUCCACUGCAUGUUGGACAAAACUACACUGUUAGCAUUGAAUAUUCUGCAAAUCUGUCAGAGAGUUUCCAUGGCUUUUAUAAAAGCACCUAUAGAACCCAGGAAGGAGAAGUGAGGGUACUUGCAUCAACACAGUUUGAGCCAACAGCUGCUCGCAUGGCUUUCCCAUGUUUUGAUGAACCAUCCUUCAAAGCCAGAUUUUCCAUUAAGAUUAGGAGAGAACCAAAGCACCUCGCACUAUCUAACAUGCCAAUAGUGAAAUCUGUGAGUGUUGCUAAUUGGCUAGUUGAAGACCAUUUUGAUGUUAGUGUAAAGAUGAGCACUUAUCUAGUGGCCUUUAUUGUUUCGGAUUUUAAAUCAGUCAGCAAGAUGACCACCAGUGGAAUUAAGAUAUCUGUAUAUACUGUACCAGAUAAGAUCAACCAAGCUGAUUAUGCCUUGGAUGCAGCAGUGAAACUUUUAGACUUCUAUGAGAAUUACUUCAGCAUUCCAUAUCCCUUACCCAAACAAGAUCUUGCUGCUAUUCCUGAUUUUCAGUCUGGAGCUAUGGAAAACUGGGGACUGACCACAUACAGGGAAUCGUCUCUGCUAUAUGACCCUGAAAAGUCCUCGGCGUCGGCUAAACUUUGGAUUACUAUGAUAAUAGCCCAUGAGCUGGCUCAUCAGUGGUUUGGAAACCUAGUUACCAUGGAAUGGUGGAAUGAUCUUUGGCUAAAUGAAGGAUUUGCAAAGUUUAUGGAGUAUGUGUCAGUCAGUAUUACUCAUCCAGAUCUGAAAGUUGAAGAUUAUUUUUUAGGCAAGUGUUUUGAUGCCAUGGAGGUGGAUGCAUUAAAUUCCUCACAUCCUGUGUCUACUCCUGUGGAAGAUCCAGCUCAAAUUCAAGAAAUGUUCGAUGAUGUUUCCUAUGAAAAGGGAGCUUGUAUUCUAAAUAUGUUAAGGGAUUACUUGAAUGCAGAUGUGUUUAAAGCUGGUCUUGUACAAUAUCUGCGGAAGUACAGCUAUCAGAAUACAAAAAAUGAAGAUUUAUGGAACAGUCUGGCACAUACUUGUCCUGCGGGUGACACCGAGGAAAGCCAACUACAAGGUGAUGGCUUUUGCACCAGAAACCAACAAACAUCUUCAAGUGCACACUGGACCAGGAGAGAGAUUCUUGAUGUGACGACAAUGAUGAACACUUGGACAUUACAAAAGGGUUUUCCACUAGUAACUGUCACAGUAAAAGGAAAGACUGUCCAUCUGCAUCAAGAGCACUAUAUGAAGGGAUCAGAUUCUUCUCCAUCAACAGGGUACUUGUGGCAUGUUCCAUUAACGUACAUUACUAGUAAAUCUGACACAGUACAAAGAUUUUUGCUGACAACUAAAACAGAUGUCCUCAUCCUCCCAGAAGAGGUAGAAUGGAUAAAAUUCAAUCUGGGAAUGAAUGGUUAUUACAUUGUGCACUAUGAAGAUGAUGGAUGGGAUGCUCUGAUUAGCCUUUUAAAAGAAAACCAUACAGCAAUUAGCAGCAAUGAUAGAGCGAGUCUCAUUAACAAUGUAUUCCAGCUUGUGAGUAUUGGAAAACUAUCAAUUUCUAAAGCUCUUGAUUUAUCUUUGUAUUUGAAACAUGAAUCCCAAAUUAUGCCUGUAUUCCAAGGUAUGAAUGAGCUGAUUCCUAUGUACAAGCUCAUGGAGAAAAGGGACAUGGAUGAUGUAGAAAAUCAGUUAAAGGGGUACAUAGUCAAUCUGUUUAAAGACCUAAUUGACAAACAGUCCUGGAAUGAUGAGGGCUCAGUGUCCGAGAGAAUGCUUCGCAGUUCCCUACUCCUGUUUGCGUGUGCACGCAAAUACCAACCGUGUGUGGACAAAGCAGAAGAAUAUUUUAUGAAAUGGAAGGAAUCCAAUGGAACUUUACGUUUGCCCAAUGAUGUUAAAACUGCAGUAUAUGCUGUUGGAGCCCAGACAAUCGAAGGUUGGGACUUCCUUUUUAGUAAAUACAGGCUGCCUUGGUUCAACACAGAGAGAAAUCAGAUUGAAGUUGCUCUCAGUAUUAGCAGAAAUAAGGACAAACUUCAGUGGAUAAUGGAUCAAAGUUUGCUUGGUGAUGUAGUAAAAACCCAGGAUCUUCCACAUAUCAUCGUGUUUGUUGCUAAAAACCCAUCUGGCUAUCAUCUAGCAUGGAAAUUUUUGAAGGAAAACUGGAAUAAACUUGUACAAAAGUUUGAACUUGGCUCAGCUUCUCUAGCCCACAUGGUAAUUGGAGUGACAAAUCAAUAUUCUACGAGGGAACAGCUUGCAGAGGUGAAAGAAUUCUUCAAUUCUCUGGAUGAAAAAAGUUCACAGCUCCGCUGUGUCCAACAAGCUGUAGAAACCAUUGAAGAAAAUAUACGAUGGAUGGACAUAAACUUUGAAAAAAUCAAAAUAUGGUUACAAAAUAACAUGUGAAGGAUUUAUUGCAUCUGGUUUUGAAUAUUUGAAUUUAAAUUACAAAACAGUGAAAAUUUCAAAAAAAUCUAAAGCUUUUUUGUUGUUUUGGGGUGAGGAGAUUUACUUAAAGAGUUGAUGAUAUGGGCCCCAUUCUGUUCCUUUGUAUGAGAUUGACUGUCAAUUUCAAUAGGAGCAAGAUAGAACUGUAUAUGCACACCUUCAAUCCAAUAAUAAACCAUCAUCCACAAUUGUUGAGCAAUAAAAAUUGCUCACCAUGGCCUGUGUAAACUGGGGAUUUUGAAUUCUAAAAUUGGAAUACUUGAAUUCUAAAAAAUGGAUUUACUAUUCUAUUUUGAGGACAAACUAAUUUGUCAAAUGACAGAAAAUGGAUGAGUACACAACUGAACUAUAAAUGGAACACUCCACAUACGAGAUGGCAUAGAAGUUUGUUUCCCCUUGCCAAACACUAGGUACGACUAGCAAUUUCUGCUCAGGGUAGCCAGGCACUGGAAUAUUUAUAGGUAUGCUAGUUUAACAUGGAGAUGUAUUGAAAUUAUGAAGGUGAGAUGAUUUCUUAGCACCUACUUUUUACCUGUAUUUUGUGAAUCUGCAGUCAGUCCUUCAAAAUAAUUUAUGUAAAACACCAUGAGGAAUUUAAUCCUUUCCUAUAUCAAGGUGUUCAGUAUUAGAAUAUAUAUUGCAAUUAUAAUUAGGAUUAAUAUACUUCAAAAGUAGAAGUGAUAAGAAGUGCAGUUGAAUAACUAACUUAUUUUUCCCAUACCUCCUCUUUUUAUAAUUAUAUGGCUAUUGCUUCAUGAGAGCAUUUUUUAUGAUGUCUUAUUUGACUGUGGAAAGUCAAUUACUCGCUUACCUUUAUAUUAAAUCUUAUACUCCUUUUUAAUAUAGAAUUACAUUAGAGUAAUAAUAUGUGAUCUGAAUCUGAAAGUUCAACAGGAUGAGAGAUAUUAAAUAUUUUAGAUCAGUAUAACUAGUAACUUUUUGAUAGGGGCUGGGUGAUUUCAGUAUGUGCUGUUAAUUAGCUCUUCCAGCUAAUGAAAGUGCACUUUUAAAAAAUAAAUAUCCUUUUCAGAGGAUUAACCUAUUUAAAAAGUGAUUACUAAAUAUUACUCAUUUUUAUUAUAGUUGGGCCUGUUCUCCUAUUACAAACCUAAGACAAAGAAGAAAGAUGGUCAGGUGCAUAAAGCAUGACAUCUAGGUUGCAUGUUUGACUCUUUCAGAAGAAGUUUGUAUGAUCUUUACCAAGUUCUUUUCUGUUGUGUCUCUUUCUUACAGUAAAAUGGGAAAUGGAGAAACUGACUGUACACAAAAUAUUGUCAAAUGCAUAAUCUUAAAGUGAAAACAGAUUGGUUUUUCCUCAGCUCUGUCAGUUGUAAUAAGGUAGAAUGGGAAAUAUCAGAAACUUCAGACAGAAGUGUGAUUUCUAGGUUGCUGGCAAUCCCUGGGUCAGGGCUUUAGUAUCCUAUCUGUAAAACUGGGAUACUUCUACUUACCUACGUCACUAAAUUGGUAAUGCUUAUUUCAUUAAUGUUUGUAAAUAGCUUUGUGCUCUUCAAAUGGAAGUAAAAGAGUUAGUGGAACACUGAA